UUUUCCGUUUUAUCGUUCAAUUUUUUUUUUUUUGGUACAGCUAAUGUUUCGUGUUUUCCAAUCAAGGGUUGUCAAAAGACAAUUCACCAAUGCACCAAGCAUGAUGCCAGCAGUCAACGGUGUAGUCUUUAAAAAACCGUUUAAGCCAAAUUACUUGGGCACUGUUUCAUUUGGUGUCAGUGCCUCCACCAUGUUGUUCUUUAUCGCCGCAGUUGUCCAUGAAAAGGAAAAAGAAACCUUAUGGCAGCGUCUCCGAAAACGUACAGACGGUCCUAAAUGGUCCACCAUUCGUGACCUCAUCACCGACGACAAAUUAUUCCAAGCAGACCUUUGGCAAGAACAAAAGAAAAUGUGGUUAGAAAAGAAGCAAGCCUUGUUGGAUGAUUUACGAGACAAGCUUGAAAAGUUCAAUUCGAUCCCUAUCGAGGUCCGACGGGUGUUUCUAACCGUAGCACAGACCUACUUGUCUUUAUCUGACGCCGAAAAGACCAUGGCCGGUUUAAUAGGUGCCAACCUCCUCGUAUUCUGUGCUUGGAGAAUACCAGCUCUUAAACCUGUCAUGAAUCGUUACUUUACUCACAAUCCAGGUUCCGGACAAUACCUCACCUUGAUCACUAGCUGUUUUUCACAUAGAGAUCUACUUCAUCUUACAAUGAAUAUGGUAGCGUUAUGGUCGUUUGGCCCAUUAAUCCAUGAUGUAUUGGGAAGAGAGCAGUUUGUCGCUGCCUAUCUGUCUGUAGGCAUCAACGCCAAUGUCAUUAGCCACGUUGUCAGUCUAGCUCUACGUCAAUCACGGCCUUUGAAUCCCAGUUUGGGAGCCAGUGGUGCCAUUUAUGGUCUUAUAUCAGCUACAGCAUACACUUACCCAAACUCGAGUGUCUUUGUACCCUUCUUACCCACUGUGCCCAUCAACAUUAAUUAUGCCGUACCCACAUUACUAUCUUUGGAUGUAGCCGGUGUUUUGAUGCGCUGGCGCAUGUUUGAUCAUUUUGCUCACUUAGGAGGAGCAACGUUAGGAUUGGCUUACAUGCAAUUUGGUCCAAACUAUGUUUGGCCCUGGAUGCUAAAUGCUGUGCGAAAAAUCAAAAGAAAUGGUAAAGGCAAUGGAGGCGAAGAUGAUAAUUCAGGUGUACUCAUGAAGGUACCCGAAAGAUUGAGAUCAAAAUUUUUAAAAAAGAAGGUAGCCGUGCCCGAAGAGUAAAUAAAAUUAGAUGGUUUAUUUAAUGUGUUUUUCCACUCAUGAUAAAUUUGGAAUAAGC